AUGCAGCGAAAGGCUAGAGCGGACGUCAAACUGUCUAAUGGUACUGUGAUUCCUAAGGGCGGUUUCCUCGCGGUGUCAACGCACCGCCACUGGGACGAUUCUGUAUACCCGAACGCCAACGAAUGGGACGGCUACCGCUUCUACAGCAUGCGGCGUAGCGGUGAGCCCGGCAAGGAGAACACCUCACAACUGGUGUCGACGACACCGGACCACCUGGGCUUCGGACACGGCGUCCACGCUUGCCCGGGCCGGUUCUUCGCGGCCAACGAGGUCAAGAUCGCCCUGAUCUUCACGCUGCUCAACUACGACUGGAAGCUGCCCGAGGGCGUCAAGCCCAAGAUCGAUGAGUUCGGCGUCGGCCUGACCACCGACGCCACGGUGCAGGUGCUGGUCAGGAGGCGCGAGGACGACUUUGACCUGUCGGCAAUCGAGUAA